AUGCCUGUUGUUGCCUGUCUGCCAUUCAGUGAAGUCGUAUGGUGGUUGCGCCCUUGGACCACCGACGAUUUUAUUCUCAUUUAAAUGAACUGUUUUCAUCUCAUACGUCUGGCAUAGGUCAGGAAGAAACUUUGAACUAUCGCUUUUUGGAAGGAUCGUGGUUUAAAGGACAUUCAUAAGCAAGGAUUUAUCGUAUUUAUUUAACCGGAUAUCGUGACCUAGUUAGACCCGGCAAACUUCCAGCUGAUCAUUUAACAUGGAGGCCAACCAGCAUUUAGCAGACGACUUUAUUAGUGAAUUUGACCUUGUGCAUUUUGAGGUGCCAACGAAACCUGUGAUAAAGAAAGAAUCGGAUAGUAAAUUUACAGAUGCAUGCUGCGGAAAGACGGAUAUUCGGCCAGUUUUGCCUUUGCAGCCUCUGACACCCCUCGGCUCGGGGCGGACCACGCCAAUAAGCCCAGAUUCUCGAAGUGUGCCUUUGUCGCCGGCUGGAAGUGAAGCUUCUGCCGCAUCCCCAAACGCGGGGUUCCCGAAAUUCAUGGAAGAUCUGUCCUGGUUAUCUCAAAGCAUGUCGUUUCCAAAUGGUAAUUCCGAAAUAACGCCAGACGAAGCUGUCGAUUGUCUUAUAUCGUCGAGUCCAGAGUUCGUUCAAAGUUUCCAGAAAUUUCUUGUAUCUGGGGCUAAGGCGUUGUCUCGGCAAGCAUCUUUGCAAUCUCAACAGUCCCAAAAUUCUCUUAAAUGUGAGGAAGUUGACCCAGUGGAGCCGCUAAUGGAUAUGAUAAAGGAAGAAAUUCCCACCCCUCCUGAAAGCCCUCUCAAUCCACCACCACAGCAGAAGCACACCCAACAUUAUUUGGAUGAAAAUUCUGACAUAGAUGAAGACGAACCAUCCUCUCCUAUGAUCCCAAUGCCUAGUCCCCGGAAGCGAAUGAGGAAAGACAGCACCUGUAGUAGUUUUGACAUGUCCUCGUGUGAGCUUGAUGAUGACAAUCUUGUCGCACUUCCUGUUCGAGAGCUCAAUAAACGUUUGCAAGGAUUAACUAAGGAUGAGAUUCAACGAUUGAAACAAAAACGACGUACCCUUAAAAACAGAGGGUACGCCCAAAACUGCAGAUCUAAACGCAUGCACCACAAAUCUCAACUAGAACGUACAAACAACUCCUUACUUGACCAAAUCUCAUCACUGCAACGUCACGUUGCUGUUGUCACACGAGAGAGGAAUUAUUUUAAGCAGCAAAAUGAACUUCUUCGAACAAAACUUGGAAUACCACCCGUAACAGGGAGCACCUCGACAGGUCAGUCAUGUGAAAGUUCCUUGUCCAGUUAUCCUAAUUCACCAGACUAUGGUAUAUAACAACAUUGCCCUAUAAGUAUUUUACUGAAUGUGACUUGCAAGAUGUCCAGAUGAUCUUUAAGCAUUAUUAAGUGCUAAAUUUAAUCGUUGUUUUACCAAAUUGUAAGUACAGCGGUGGAAGGCUCAUAUGUACAUAUUCAAGAUGACAUUGCUAUGCGCGUUGAUUGUUGGACAACUUGGCAAGAGACGAUGUCUACAUGUAUGAAACAAGGGUGAUUCAGCGUGCAUGAGAGACUUACUUCUCCUGCAUACUUGUCAUAAUUACAACGUUCCUGAUGUGUUUAUGUGCAUACGAAGGCAACGUUAGGAUUGUUAGAUGUUACUAAUAAUAUGUUCAACAAAUGCUUCAUGUACAUAUUAUAAUCAUUUGCAUACCUGUUAUUAAUUUUUGAAGUAUAAUAUUGUUGUUUAAUUUUUUGUGCCUACCAAAAACAUGAAAUCACUACAUUUGGUGUUAAUUUUGCAAUUGCUGUAAAUGUGUUUACUGGUGUAGAUCUUAUAGUAUCAAGCAAUGUGAAGUUUUUUUUUUUUAUUUUUAACGCACAUGUGCUUCAAGUAAUGUUUGUGUGUGGACAUGCAUGAAAUGACUCGCUCACAGAUUUUAUGUUAGCUACGACUUUUAUUGAUUUUUAUUUUAUUUACGUCAACUGGCAUUUUACCCUAAAUGAUUCAAUUUUCACUAUUUCGUUAAAAGGAGCAUUUUUGUUACAUUUUCUUUAAAAAAUCACGAAUAAUUGAUUUAAUGAACUUCUGAUGAUUUUUUUAUCAUCGUUAGUCAAACAAGCAUUUUCUUGACAUUUCUCAUAAAAUUAUGUUUAUUUGAUAUAUUGUCCUAUUAAAAGUAAACGAGUCGCUUUUAAAAUGGUUUACUGUUAGUGAGAGUGAGCAUGCUAUGCUAGCAAUCUUUCUCAUUUUUUUGUACAUGACAUCCUUUUAACUUUAUAAUGCAAUGUACAGGAGCAGUACUUAUUCUCUUACACAGUGAAUGUUUUAUAUUGCACGUACAUAAGUCUGUAAUUAUUAAAAUAUUCUCAACAAACUAUGGAGCUAAUAUAACAGUCUUAGUUGUUUUGUGCAAACAGUUAACAUGUUUUGCUAUUGUCUUUGUGUAAAUAGAUAAUAUGAAAAACUACAAAACGUGAUAUUAGCUGAAGGCUUACAGUUUCUUUUAAAUAUUUUAUUUUACUAUACUUUUUAAUUGAUUUGUAUGAUUUAAAUGUAAGGGCUUUCAAAUCUGAUUGUUACGCACUGUCGACCCAUAAAUCGUAUUUCUAGUAUAAUUUUAUGUGAUUAGGUACAUAAUCUGAAUGCAAGUUUAGUUACUUAUUAAUACCAUGUUUUAGCAAAAAAUAUGUUACAUGUUCAUUGUCACUGAACAGAAACCUUGAAGCAUUAUAUUUUAUUAACGUAAGUAGACUGAGUAGAUAAAUCUUUCAAGCAGACUGAUACACAUUAAAGAUAAGAGAAAAUGUACAUAACAAACCAGUUUCAAGUAGCGGGUUUGGUUAAGCAUAAAGUGGUGUUUACUUUACCAUGCUCGUGUAUCUGUGUUAUUACUGAACUGCUCGAUGUGUUUUGUUGCUGAGCAUAUGUAUUCAGGGGCUUUUUGUAAGAUAGAGUCCCUGAUGCAUUUAAGUGUUUCUGUCUGGUUAUGUUAAUGUAAACUAUUAAGCGACAAUUAUAUCACACUAUGAUGUUUUUAAAAUGCAAUUUGUUAACAUUAUUAAUACGAAAGGUACUUCAUCACCAGAUUUUACACAUUAUCUGAAAUAUUUAUUACAGGCACAAAGCUGUUUUUAUAUAAACACAAAUGUGAUAGUGCCACUCCUUUAAAAAAACAAUUUUGUAUAUGGUGUUGUAUUUUUAGCUUUUAUACUCAGUCUAUUACAAAGUCAUAGUAGUACGCGAUAGUUUCUGGAAAUAUUGUAAAUAACGAACACCCUACAAAGACUCACUGUUACAUGGAAUUGUAGUUUUAGGAGAAGAGGUUAAGGAAAGGCAAUAAAUAAUGUAUUUUAAACAUUCGGUGUGCAUACACUAGAGACCGGUAAUAGUGAUCUAAAUCAGUAUGCGUUGAUUAGUUUAUUGUUGCUUAAAGGGAGAAGUGAAGUGACUGCUGUACAGUGUAUAUGUAUAGGUUUUUGGUUCAUGUACAUACAUUUAUGUAUAGUGAUCUGACAUAUGUGAAACGAGUAUAGAUUUACACACGAUAUCCUUCAUUGUAUAAAUAAUUCAUCUCCGAACAAGAAAGCCAUAUCGCUUGUAUCUUGCGCUUAAAGCGUAGGUUAGUAUUGCAAUGUAAUGUAAAUGUAAUAGCAUACAGUUGCAUACUGCUUUAUCGCGCUCUACCUGAACGCUUCAGUUAAAUUGGUCUCGUAAAUAACAAAUGUUGUUAUAUCGGCUGUGCAGGAUUUUGUGAAUGGGAGCUCUAUACAAACCACAACUGUCUUUACGAUUCGAGUAUUUAUGUACAUUGAGUAUAAAACCUCUCGAGGUUGGAAAUGAUUGCAAACAUUAGGUUGAAUUAUAGGGAUAAAAUUGGGGUAGGACGAAUAAUAAAUUGACUAUAGGAAAGUAUUAUUAAGUUUUUGCUUGUUUUAUGGACACAGAAAGCAUUGUCCAUGUAGCAUUAAAUUAUAGGCACAUGAUUUACAUGCAAAUUCGUGAAACACAGUGUAUCAUUGUUGAAUGUUUUUAGUUGAAACACUUUUUCAUUGAAAAAUAUAGUGCAUUAAUGAAUUUAUUUGGUAAGCGGUCGAACUAAAAAUACAUUCACCCAAAACAUGAUAAAUAUCAAUGAUUUACCCACAUGCAUAAUUAUCACUGUUAUUUUUAGAGAUUUAAAAUGUAAAUGUUAUAGAUGUGGCAUUGCAAUAAAUGUCAUUUGUAGGUACAGGUAUUACUAUUGUUAAUCAUCAUCAAUGAGUGUAAGUGUUUUACUUGAACGCCGUGGCAUCCUCACGGGGAGCUGGAUUUCAUUCAUUUAUAGCCUGUGUAUAUUCGAUGCACACGACUGUGUUAAUGGCGGCUUGUUGAAUGUCGGCAGAUGUUUCUUACAAGUUUUACAUGGGAGGAUGCGGAUGCAGCUAUAUACAUUACAAAACUAGAGUAAAUGCAUGUAUAAACGCAAACAUAUACACAGUCAGUUAUAGUUGUAUACAUUUUAUUAGCACGGCUGUAACAUAUCAUAUACUACAGGCAAAUAAUGCAGUGGAGUAAAGCGGUUAGUGGAACAGUAAUUGAGUUAUUGUUCACAUGAAUUAUCCCCCUUUUACCAUGUGCUGAACAACAUGUUCCGGAAGUGUGCAUCGUUUAAACACAGGUCUGUUCGUCCAACUCACUGCAAGGGCUUAAGUUACUUCUUGUAACACCAGUGAUUAGUUUGGCGAUCGUCCAUGUCUGUGAUAAGUGCUGUUAUUGUUUUAUCAAACUUUGUCAAUGUCAGAAUUUCAUGUUGAUGAACAAGGGGCAACAACCGUUGUACUUUUCAGGUACGAGUAAUGUUGUUUAAUCUAAAUUUGUUAUGUUGUACGAUUCUUAUGUAUGUGCUUGAUUAAUUAUUGAACUGUAUUGCUUGUUUGUGUGGAAUGUUAAUUCUUCGAAUGAUUUUAACUUGUGUUAAGAUAUAGAUAAAAUUAAGUUGUUAUGUAUGAUUUUGCGGUCAGUCAAAUAAGUUAAAACUAUGAGCAGACCGGUUAAUGAAUGUCUUUCAACGUUUUCAAGAAUAGUGCUUUAUGUUAAAAGUGAUACUUGUUAACACUCCUUUCAUUAUUAGUCAAAUGAUUUGAUUUCCUAAAGCAUGCAAGCAGUGAUGCAAAUUUCUAGUAUUGUUAAGAUUUGUUUGUUAUCUUUUAUAUAUGUGUAUAAAUUGUUUGUUGCCAUGCCAAACAUGUAAAUAUACUACUUAAUCUAUGCCUGUUGAAUUCAAACUCUCAAAAAAAAAACGCUUAGUUUUAAAUAACGCCAAUAAAUUGUAUGUUUUUAUGUAUUUCGUUUAUAAAAUCUUUUAUUUGAUGCAUAAACAUAUCCAUUCACGCGUUCCGUCUCAGAGACAAAUAAAUACGCUAAACACGUUAAAUAAUGUUUGACCCAGAUAUUCACUGGAUCGAGCUGUCUAAUCCAUCUCCGCUAAUUGUAUAUCUUCACGAUUAAGCUAAGUAUAGAAAAUAGUUCAAGCAAGAUUUAUUUAUUUUUUACCAAAAUAAAUCCGCAGAUAAUGUUUUAUAUGGUCUUAGUUUUUUUUUAAAUUUAUGUCCUGUGUUUUGGCACUUCCAACAGUUUUAAGUUUUGGCGUCUCGCUCAUGACUAAUAUGCAUAUUCGUAUGUUCGCAUAGUUAUUUAGAUAUGCUUUUGCAGCGUUAUGAGGGUGAGAGCCGUCAUAUGAAGAAAACUACCAUGUUAAGGAGAUGCAAGAAAAUAGUAAAAUUUCAUAAAAAAAAUAAUGAGAGUGUGUGUUUUGCUUUAAAUUGUAUUUUGUGAUCAUAUGUGCUUUUCCUUUUUUUAACCUAUAGGGCAUAUAAGAUUUUGCAUGUGGUAGCACUUGUAUUUACCAUACUUAAAAUUCAUCUUUAAAAAAAAAACAGGGAGUGGGUGCGUGAUGAAUUGUGUGUCUAUUGAACUUAUAUAAAUGUGUGUUUGUUUGUAUCUUUCAAUAUUGAAUAUUGAAUUAAAUUUAAGAUCACACCUUUGUGCUACUAUUGUCACAUAUUGUUGUUAAGUCAACAUUCUGUAUUGUAUGGUAUGUUUAACUAUGUUAUCAUAUUAAUUUCAAUAGUGCUUUCCUAAGGGAGCUAAUCGAUUUUAAAACUUUGUACAUCUGAACACUGGAGUACAUUGUUGUUAAGAGAUACCUUGCAGCAUGAAACUAUAAUGUUUAUGUUAAAGAAAAAUGCAUAAGCACUGCAGCAUGUCAAUAUCUCAAUAAAUUGUUGAAACUUUA